AUGUCAGUUUCACAAAAUAAUACUGGACAAAUUGAUUUUAGUCAAAUUAAUUGUGAAAUUUGUUUUCAAAAUUAUUCACAAGUAGGUUCGUCACAUGCAAUAUCAUGUUUACCUUGUGGACAUAUAUUUGGAAAAAAUUGUAUUUUUCAAUGGUUAGAAUCAAAAAAACCUCAAGUAAUGUGUCCAAAAUGCAAGAAAAUAUUCAAUAAUUCAUCAAAUACUACGAGUAAAUUAGAAGAUUAUAUAAUAACUCUUUAUGGACUGCCAUGCAGUGGAGUAAUUAAAAUUGAUUAUGAAGAUACUAAUGAUAAAUUGUUUGAUGUAAGAAGAGAACUUUUAGAAGUUAGGGAAGAAAAUUCAAAAUUAAGGAGAGAAUUAGAUUCAUUAAGAAAAAAUUUUAGAUAUUUAUCAUCUCAACGAUUGAAUAGAAUACCUGUAGUAACUUCCAAUUAUUCAUCUUCUGGCUUAUUAAGCCGGUUGAGAGCGCAACGAGCUAACAAUAUAACUAGAAAUUCGGUAUUACAAUUAGAUUCAAGGCAAAGAGAUACUGUUUUUGAUUAUUUAACGAGACUAACUAAUCAAAAUAUUAAUCAUGAUUCUUAUAAUUCAAAUUCUAAUGAUAUGUCUACAACUUUAUAUUCUCGUGAUAAUAUUCCAGAAUUCACGGUAAAUGAUGAAGAAGAAUAUGUGAAUGAUCAACUAAAUAGUGAAGAUUCUCGUGAUGCAGUUAGGUCACAACCAGAUGAAAUUAUAAUUAUUUCUGAUGGUGAAGAAGAAAGUAUGUCAACAGAUACUAUUGAAUUUCGAGAAAUUAAUUCCGAUGCUUAUGAAGGAUUCAGUAGUGGUGAUUUUGAAGAGUCAGAUGAUAAUCAAACUGUAUCUAUUAUUUUUAGUAAACUUGAUUCUCCUAUAAAAGAGACAAAUAUCACCGAUGCUGUUUUGUUUGGUGAAAUAAUCGUAAUCGCAUGUAAAAUAGGUGAAAAAGGUGGUUCUGUUUUUUCUUAUGGUCUUAAAUUUGUUUCAUCUACAAACAGUUAUAAUCUAUGUGUUUCGAAUGAACCAAUAAAUAGAAUAGUUAUUACAAAAUCCAGAGAUAAUGAUAAUAGAUUGAAUAUUCUGGUUGCUUCAUCUGCAACUGUAUCAAAAAUACUAAAACAUAUGAGGAAGAUAACGAGUAUAACGUGGAUUAAUCAUAAAGAGUUUGCAUUUGGAACAUCAGCUGGAGAAGUCAUAUUUGCAGUAAAUAGUAAUAGUGGUGGAAAAUGUCCAAUUAAACAACUUAUAACUGCAACUCAUGGAUAUGUAUUUGCUGUUCAAGGAAAAAAAAUGUUUGUGCAUCAUAAAGAUUGUGAAAAAAAACUAAUUAAGGAAUAUAAUGUAGAUGUUAAGUAUAUUAGUUUAAAUGAAAACAAAAAUAAACUUUUUUGUUUUCUUAAUGAAAAUUUCCGAACAGUAAAAGUUUUGUCUUACAUGAUUGUAGAGCAUAUCAGAACAAUGAAAACACAAUUAACUAUUGAGGAUAAUUCUAUUCCAUUGGAUUAUGAAUAUGAAACUACAUGUGACAAAAUGGAACCUUUACUUUUUGAAUAUACAAACCAAACUGAUAAUUAUUUAGGAUUUUUUAACUACAACAAAGAUAAUAAACAAUUGGUUGUAAAGUUUAUUAAUCAUACAUAUAGUGAAAGUAUAAAUUUACAAAAUUGUGGAGAGGUCAUUAAAAUUAUUGCUGAUAUUUCAUCUAAAAAAAUAAAUAGUAGAGAAACUUUGAAAUUUGCAGUUAUAACUAAUGAAGAAGUGCAGGUAUAUGGGGCAAGAUGUAAUCUUUAA